GAGGCGGAUUAUACCAAUAAGAAUAGGGCGGCUGCAUAUUAAUCAGUCAACUAGUUCAUCAGUUAGUGGUUUGGGCGGAGAAAUGGAAAUGGAGUCCCCGUUUAAAUCCGACGUCCUCAAAGGCAAGGUUGCCCUGCUCACCGGCGGAGGCUCCGGCAUCGGCUUUGAGAUCUCCACCCAAUUCGGCAAACACGGAGCCUCCGUCGCCAUCAUGGGCCGCCGCAGGAAUGUCCUCGACGACGCCGUUUCCGCCCUCACCUCCCGAGGCAUCCCCGCAAUUGGUUUUGAAGGGGAUGUUAGGAAUUUGGAAGAUGCAAAAAGAGUCGUGGAGGCAACGGUGAAGCAUUUCGGGAAGCUUGACAUUCUGGUCAAUGCGGCCGCCGGCAAUUUUCUAUCUGCAGCUGAAAAUCUCUCUCCCAAAGGCUUCAAGACAGUUAUGGACAUUGAUAGUGUUGGGACAUUCACAAUGUGUCACGAAGCGCUCAAGUAUCUCAAGAAAGACGGACCUGGAAAAGCCGGAGGCCUUAUUUUGAACAUCAGCGCCACUCUGCACUACACAGCAUCAUGGUAUCAGAUCCAUGUGUCUGCAGCCAAGGCUGCUAUCGACGCGAUGACAAGAAAUUUGGCACUGGAAUGGGGCACCGAUUUUGAUAUAAGAGUUAAUGGGAUUGCACCUGGUCCUAUAGGAGAUACGGCUGGCCUGAGUAAACUUCUGCCUGAUGAAAUUGGUAACAAAAUAAGUGAUUAUAUGCCUCUAUACAAACUUGGUGAGAAGUGGGACAUUGCCAUGGCUGCCGUGUACCUUGCCUCGGAUGCUGGUAAAUACGUCAAUGGGAGCAUCCUCCCUGUUGAUGGAGGAUUGUGGCUGAGCCGUCCUCGUCAUCUAGCUAAGGAUGAGGUGAAGCAGAAUUCUCGAUCCAUAGAGAAGAGAUCUCGUGCUGCCCCAGUUGGCCUUCCGAUGAGCAAACUGUAGCUCAAGUUCAAAUUGCGCUGCAUACAUCAUGGACUAAAUUCGUAUGCAUUUAGUUGGAACACCAUUUGUUGAAUUCUACAGGUUUCAUUAAAAAUCAGAAGGAAAUAACUUAAUCUCCUUCGUAGUAAAUUAGAAGGAUUACAUGAUCAUUUGUGAAUGAAAAUUGAUGUUUCGAA